AUGGUCAAUGCAAAUGAAAAUGGUUUUAGACAAGUGAAUUGGGCAAAACCAAUACCAGGACAAUUAUAUAACAUGACAGCUGUUACAACAGGAGGAGGUCAAGUUAGAUUACGUUUCAUUUUGGAUUGUAAUAAUCAGACAAAGACUGGUGGAACUCCUUAUUUAAAUAAUGGUCAAUUCAGUAUUUUCGUAUGGCCAACCAAGUAUUGUUAUUCACAAUUAUUAGCAGGUAGUGGAACAACACUUAAUCAGGAAUCAUCUUCCUCUUGUACUAUUUUGAAGGUUGAAACUCCACAAACUACUACUUCCUCUAAUGGAAUUAUUGCAGUCAACUCAACCAAUACUUUACCAGGUAGUAAAUCUGUAAUAAUAAUUGGAGAAGAGAAAAAUUCUCUAGCAAGUACUAGACAAGUUGUAUCAUUUGGAUUAACAUGUCUAUUAUUGAGUGUAUUAAUUUUCCUAUUAUAA